AUGGAAAGUGAUCGCGACAGCGAAAAUAACAAUACCCGAAAAACUGAUAAGGUUCCUCAAAUGCAAAUUUUAAAUGAUUCUCCUUCUAUCCAAUCUUCAAAUCAAGCAACAGCAACAACUUCUUCUACUCCUGCCAAUAUUACAAAAGAUGGUAAAAAACGUAUUCGACCCAAUUUUUUAAUAAGAAGAAAAGAGACGGUGCUUUUGGAUUCAAACACUGGCUCUACUUUACCAAACAAAAGGCCAACACUAUCUGCUGCUGGUGGUAAAGUGAAUGUUCGAUUGUCUUCUCAUAAAGUCAAAGAAUUUCUUCUUUCCAAAAAUUUAUCUGAAUAUAAGAAAGAUCUUAAAGUUGAAUGUCAUAACGAUCGGCAAGGUCUUUCAAGAAUUGUUUGUUCUCUUAACAAAGUAAAUCUUUGGAGUGAUGUUGUUCCCAAUGCGGUAACAUUGAUUGCUGGUAAUGAUAACUAUGUCGUUAUUGGAUGUGAGAAUGGUAGUAUUAUAAUAUAUGACCAUAGUGGCUUAAGAUUGUUAUUAAAUAUUGUACUUGACUCGGCUGCAUCACAUCUAUUAAUAUCAAGGGAAUAUUUAUUAUGUUUAUCUCAAACAGGAAUAAUUAAUGUUUGGAAACUACCAAAAUUGGAAUCAAUAGUAUCGUCUGUUUCCAUAGUACCUAUUAUUCAACCAUCCAGCACAUCGUUAGCUGAUCUUCAUUAUGCAUCAAUUGAAAAGAUAUUUAUCAGGCCUCAUGGGGUACCAAUAUUAAUGACAGACACAAACGAAGCAUGGUGUUAUCAUCUUAGUGCAAAAACAUGGGUGCAGAUUUAUGAUCCACGCUACUCAUCAAAAGAAAAAAUGAAAACUACCACAGAAGAGUAUGGUGGUGGCGAUACAAGAGGAAUAUUAAAUACAAUAGAAAAGAUUGCAAGGGAUAGAGGUGAUAAUUAUGGUACAUUGUCAUAUUUGGCCCAAGGCGAAAGUAAACUUGGACAUUUGUAUAAUCAGUUGUUGUCAGCUGAAUUGGUUAGCUCACCUAAUGAAUACAAAGAAAUUUUGUUGAGUUAUGCUAAAGCAUUAGCUGAUGUUGGCAAUGGUGAGAAGAUAAAUAUACUCUGUUCAAGACUUUUAGAUCCAUUUGAUGGAAUGUCUAAACAUGAAUUAUUAAAAGACGUAUUGGCUAUCUUAUCUACUAAUCGAUCUUUACAACAACUCAUUCAAGAAUAUACUUUGGCUUUAGAUAGAAUUACAAAUGAAAAUUGA